AUGAAACCACCACCACCACCGCCGGCGGCGGCGGCCAUCCAUCACCAAAUCCACCACUUAUCAACACUACUCAUCACACCCACAAAUUCAAACCCAAUCACACCCCUCUUAAACACCCACCACCCUUCCCUCUCCCUCUUAACUUCCCACUCCUCAUACGACGCCGUUUCGUCCUCUUUACCCACACUAUCAAACUGGCUCUACGAUUCAUUUCACUCCUCUGAUCAAAAUCUCAAACUCUUUGUCAUUUCCCUCAUCCCAAUCAUCUCCAAAACCUAUCUUUCCUCACCCCCACUUUCCGUUUUCGGUAUCGAACCCAUUUUGUUAGCGAUAUCGAAUUCCUCAAAAUCCGCCGAUCAAAAUGGGCCCAUUUCCAUCCCUGAUUUAUCCCAACAGUCUAUUUAUCAUAUCCCUUUUAGCGUUUCUGAUAAUACCCAGAAAGUUUUUAAAUUUCUUGAACCCGAUAUUGACCCACAUUGGUCUGUAAGUCCGAAUAAACGGGCCGAGGUUGUCGGUUCUGUACUAGGUUGUUACUACAAACAUAUUUCCGUAAUACCCGAAUGGUCGAAAAUUGAUUUUUGUAAGUUUGUGUCGGGUUGGGCGGGUCAGGAUUGUGGAUGUAAGUUUGAAUUUGGUUCAAAAUGUGAUGGGAAUUCGGAUAAUUUGAAUUCGGGUAAGGAUAAGAUUGAGCUGCCAUGGGAGAUAUUGCAGCCGGUUUUAAGGAUUUUGGGGCAUUGUUUAUUGGGACCCAUAAAUGGUAAUGAGGUGAAAGAUGCAGCGUCGAAUGCGGUGAGGUGUUUGUAUGAUAGGGUGUCUCAUGAUUUGGUUCCUUCUGCGAUUUUGGCUACUCGGGGUUUGAUUCAGCUUGAUAUGAGACGACGUGAAGGUGUUAAGAAACCGGAUAUUGAUUUGGUAUCAAAUUGA